CGCUCUUUCAUUUUUAACUUCUUUUAUGCAAACUACAUUGUCCCUUCUGCUAUCCAUGAUUUGUACUUGAAUGUUGCUAUUGGUAAAUACGACGACAGUAGUGAUGACGAUGAUGAUGAUGGUGAUGAUGGUGAUAAUGAUGAUGAUGAUAAUAGUGAUGAUAGCGAUGAGUGGUGA